AUGGCCCACCUGAACGACAGUGAUCUGUGGUCCCACUCCCUUCAAAUGACCAGCGAACGAGAAUUGCCAUCCAAGGAGCAGAUGGAGGUCCUUCUGAACCUCUAUUUCCAGUUUAUGUACCCCUUCGCGCCCAUGUUCAUUCGCAGGACAUUCAUGGACGACUUCCGCCAGAACCGGCCUGACCUAUCACAGAUCUUGAUCCUCAAUGCACUCUUCAGCAAUGCGUGUUGGUAUUCGGACGACCCGGCACUCAGGCAGGAGUCGACAAAGUACUUUAACCGGGCCAAGAUCAUUCUGGAUGAGACUUACCAUGUCUCGAGGAUCAGCACAGUGCAGGCGCUGCUGUUGAUGGCUCAUCACCAAUACGCUACGGGCAAUUACUCGGGUGGCUGGUUGUAUACUGGCAUGUCGAUUAGGAUUGCACAAGAUAUCGGCCUACAUCGUCAAGAUAUUCAUGUGGAUGAGCCUGACGAGGCUGAGAUCAGGAAGCGACUCUGGUGGUCUCUAUACAUGGCGGAUCGCUUGGGCAGUGCUAUCCUUGGCCGUCCUAUGACUCUGCGCGACGAAGGAUUCAACGUCCAGAUGCCCACCGAUGAAUGGAUCGCCGACGUUCUUGGUGAAGACACAGUCGAGUACCCCUACGAACCUGAGAGCGUCAUCUCUUGUCGUCUGGUCUGGUCGAUCAAGCUGUUCAUGCAGUUGGGCAAGGUCCUCGACACGAUGCACUGUAUCGAGGCCGAGAUCAAUGGUUCUUUCCUUGCCGACAUUUCCCGGACACAGCUCCCCCAAUUGCACAACAGUCUCACGUCCUGGUUCCUGUCGCUCCCGAACGAGCUCAUGUACACACCCUAUACCAUGUCGCCCAACUCGAACCACCCACCCUCACCACCCACGGCGCUCAUGCACAUGUUCUAUUACACGACUCUGACGAUCCUCCACCGCCCUUACCUCCGUCCCGUCAACUCUGAGUCGAUCGACUCCAAAUUUUUGUUGUCCUCUCGCAACAUUUGCACAGCGGCUGCGACCAACGUCUGCCACAUCGCCGACUCUUUGAUGCUCCACGGCCAACUUCGCGCUACUUGCUACCAUGGCAUGGCUUGCCUCUUGUCUGCUGGUACAGUUCAUGUGCACAACGCCAUUACCCCUACCCCAAGCAAUCGGGAGACGACUCGAGCGGGUCUCUCUAAAACUGUCAAGGCUGCCCAUGAGCUGGUCAGGACCUUCCCCAUCGCCGAGUCCUUGAUUGCCGUGGCUCUGGAUGUCUUUGCCAGUCAGACCAGCUCUGUCCCGACCGAGAUGGCCGCCUCAUUCAUUGACAUUUCGACUUUUGUCGCGCCCUUCAUGGAUAUGACCCAUCUCCAAUCUGCCUCUAUAGGUAACAUCUAUGAGGCUGCCCGUCUGGCCAAACUCGCCAAAGAUGGUCCUGGUCCUACGCCCUCGAUCCAGCUUCGUCAUCCUUAUGGCAACUUCUCGAUGCCCUUGCCCGAGUCGACUAAAGACCAGAGCGCGACGACACUGAGUUCAAUGUGGCAGGCCCAGAUCGCCACCGCUGUGGCUAUGGCUGCUAUUGCUUUUGGAGGAACUGAUCCUCAACAAGAACAGCAGUUCUUUGCUGACCCGCUCGAUCUACCUGAGGCCCUGCGUCUGGCCCCGAUCGACUCUAUGCUGUUUGGUCAGAUCGAUUCGAUGACGGGCACUCCUGGCUCUAGUUUGGAUCCCUUUGGCACCGACGCCUCUUCUUUUGACUUUGGCGUGUCGCCAUUGCAGCAGCAGCAGACCCUGGUCCAGACAACCCAACAACUCCAGCAGCAACAACAGGCUCACCUUCUCCAGUACCAACCUACUGCCCCCGUUCAGAUCCAGCAACAGCAACCCAUCGUCCAUUCUCAGAGUCAUGCAAUGGCGCAGGACAAUCAUAUCCAGUUCAGUACCGCCACAAGUACUUCCAUUUCCACCCCCACUGCAACCACAAGCAAUGUCUCGACAAACGCUUUCGCGGCUGCACAGACCCAGAGCCUUAUGCAAGAGCUGACCUCGAAUCUCACAUCGGUCCUCCAGAUGCGCCAAACUCAGUCGCACCACCACCACCAAUCGACAGUUACCUCUACGCCCAACAUUGUCACCACUGCCGUUACAUCUGCUCAGAUCCAGCAGCAGCAGCAGCAGCAACAGCAAGAGCAGCGGCUUCACGCGAUGAUGGAGGAUGACACUGCUGAUCCUCCCUCUCCACCAGCCAUCUCUUCAGACGACAUGGAUAUGGAAUCCUCGUCCCUUUCUGACGAUCCAGAUCUGUUCAUUUCUCCCAUCACCUCAACUUCGUCGUCAUCGUCGUCUUCUUGCUCGUCUUCAAGACACGAUGUUCAGAUCCAAUGUCAAUUCGAUGAUGUGGAUGUGGACGGGACCAAGGCGACAGCAGCAGCACGGGAGGCGUUCCUAGAAUCGCUGACAAAAGUCGCCAUCAUGGGUCGUGGUGGUUCCAACGGCGGCGCCGGUCUCCAACGACAACAGCAGCAGGGCAAGUCGAAUAUGGAGGCUAGUCAGAAGGAUGUUGACAAGGUCAACACGCUGCUGUUUGAUGGUCAAGCUAUGGAGUGCUAA